AUGAGGUUCUCCACGAUUCUUCCCGUCAUGACCUGCGCUGCCAGCGUGCAAGGUGCCAUUACCUGGACUCUCGCCAAAGCCUCCAGCCCCACCGCCGACCAGACCGACGCCUACGCCAAAAUCGAAACUGCGAUGCGCCUCGCCGUCGCCCGCUAUGACCGCUACUCAUCCGCUUCCAAGACGGUCCGUGUUGCCUACGAGCCCGGUGUACCCACCGCCGAAGCCAAUUUCAACGGCGACCUGCGCUUUGGGUCGAACCGAGCGUACAUGAAUGAGCGCACGGCUAUGCACGAGAUCUCGCAUACUCUCGGCAUCGGACAGACAGCGGCGUUCAACACUAAGUGUGCGGCGAGUGACUGGAGGACGGCUCUGCCGCUACUGAGGAGUUGGGAUGGGCAGAGUGCGGUGAUCAACUGUGGAGGUCGCCAUAUCUGGCCGUAUGGGUUGAACUACGAUACCGAGUGGAGCGAGACGGAUGCGAAUAGGCAUGUGCAACUUAUUGAUGCGAUGAUCAAGGAUGGGCUGAUGGGCUGA